AAAAUAACGAAACCCCGAUGAAAUAGCAAAGCGAAAGAACGAGUGAGAAGGAAUGGAGAAUGCAAAAGCAGCAGCAGCAGCACCCACAGGGUGCUACAAGUGCGGCCGCCCAGGCCACUGGUCACGUGACUGCCCCUCGUCCUCCACCUCCGCCUCUGCCCAUGUCCCUUCCUCUGCUCCGAUCCCACAGGGUGCUACAAGACCCUCCCCUUCCGGUGCCACAAGCGCCGAGAAGCCGAAGAAGGCAGCGAGAUCGAGAUCCGUGCCAAAGCUCACGCCGGACCUCCUCCUCUCCGAUGAUGGCCUCGGCUACGUUCUUCGCCACUUUCCUCGCUCCUUCAAGUGCCGCGGCCGCGGCCAUGAGGUUAGCGAUUUGGGAAAUCUAAUUGGGUUAUAUGGUGAAUGGCACUCUCGUUUGCUCCCUUAUUACUCAUUUGAUCAGUUUGUACAUAAAGUGGAACAAGUUGCUACUACAAGACGCGUCAAGAUGUGUAUUAGAGAAUUACGAGAGAGGGUUGCCAAAGGGGGGGAUCCAACAAAGUUGCAUGAGGACCCAGUACAACAUGACGAUUCAAAUGUUGAACAAGAAGCCAUGAACUCUGAGGCCGUAAGUAAUCAUCAGGGAGAUCCAUCCUUGAGGAACAAUGAUGCUGAUGAUGUACAAGACAUGCUGUAUGAUGUUUAUGAGAAAGCUAAUGAAAACUUGCAGGGUGAGACUGUUGCCGGUAACAUAGAAAGUGCUAGUAUGUCCAUCAAAGAAUUGCCAAAUAAUGGUGGCACCAUCUCUAGCGGAAUUCAGGUCUCUGAAGAACAGAAAGCUCGUAUGGAAUCAAACAGGUUGAAGGCCCUGGAGAGAGCUGCAUCUCGGGCACGUUCAUUCCAAGUGGCUUGACUCAUUUCUUCAGUCUGCUUUUAAAUUUUCCUUCCAUCCUGCAAUUAAUGCUUUAUUAUUUCCAUGGCUAUCAACCUUAGCUUUAACUUUGUUUCUUGGCAUAUCGCAAUUUGUUUCAUUCAGAAGAUGUCUAUUUUAUCAAUUUUCUUUUCGUCUUCUAGUAUAAAUCGGAUGAGGAUCUCCUAUGGUGUAGAUUUCGGAACUUAAUUAAUUAU